AUGCCCACCUACAAAAUUUCAUCACGAAACUAUGUUCUUGAGCUAAAGCUUCUCUCCCCAAUGCAGAAUUUGAAAAUUACGUUUACAUCUCCUGCAGCUGAUAUUUCGACUUUCCCCAUAGAUCUCCAGGAUUUUAUCCAUGCCCUGUUUGCCGGAUCCUCUCAUGUGGCGUUUUUAGCCUUGACCCUUGCAACCUCGUGGUUGUUUCUGGCCCUGUUGAUGAAAUUCCCUAUCGGUUUCCAGGUCAAGAAUCGUACAGUUAACUUUAAUCAUAUUCCGGACCUUCAUCUCAGACGCUGUCGAGUUUUUGACGAGCUUGAUGCCACCCACUUUCAGGGUCUGGUUGUGUUCGUUGCCGGUGUAGGCUUUUUCACGGAUGGAUAUGAUAUUUUCGCAGUGGGGAUCAUAAUCCCCAUGCUUUCUCAUGUCUACUGGCAUGGAGCGAUGCCCGCAACAAUCGAAACUGCAAUGCGCGCUGCCACCCUCGUUGGAACCAUUAUUGGCCAAUAUGCAUUCGGUGUUCUGGCGGACCUUUAUGGUCGGCGCAAAAUGUACGGGCUUGAACUGCUCGUUGUUAUCGUCGCGACAGUCGGAGUGACAAUGGCUUCGGAUGGCGCGUCGAAAUCAAUGAAUCUUGUUGGAUGGUUGAUAUCCUGGAGGUUCCUAAUGGGGAUUGGGAUUGGUGGGGACUAUCCUCUGAGCGCAGUAAUAACGUCUGAGUUCGCUCCUACUAAGUCUCGUGCUCGGAUGAUUGCCACUGUUUUCUUCAUGCAGCCGUGCGGAUAUCUAGUUGCCACCAUCCCCGAGUCUCCCAGAUAUACAAUGGAAGUUCUAAAUCGUCCAGACGAGGCACUAGAAGAUGUUAAUGGAAUGGGGUGGAAACGAGCAGUCCGUACUCCUCACCGUGCACUCGAUCUUGAGCUGCAAACUUCAGACUCAAGAAAUCUUGCCGGAAAUAUCCCCACUACGACCUUGGCGGGGGUCUCGAAGCAAACAACAAACCAAGAAGCCGCCAAUAAUAAGAAGAAUAAAACUUGUUCUAACGUCUCUGAAAUGGCCGAACACCAGAUUCUCGGCGGCCUUGGCGGAAAUGCGCGCAGUGGAUCAAUACCCAGUCCGAACGUUCCUCCCCCCAUCUCAGGAACAAGCUCUAUCACCACAAUUGAUGAGCCCGAUAGCCGACCUGCAGAGGGCGAUGACGAUUCAGAUAUUGGCGAGGAGAAACCAAGCGAGUGGGAAAGAUUCUACACUGGUUUUGUAGAACACUUCUUCACAAAUGGGCAUUGGCCCACUUUACUUGGCACGUCCCUUUCCUGGGCUUGCUUCGAUUUCGCCUACUAUGCCCUUGGGCCGAAUUCCUACAAAGUAAUCUCUAAAAUCUUCAACGAAAAAUCCCUGAAAUUCACGCGAGAAGCUGGGGGCCCUCCUCUCCCACUCCCAACUCGUAGCAUCUACACCGACCUCGUUGAAAACUCGUGGCACUCGCUAAUAAUCGUCUCCAUCGGCUCCAUGAUCGGCGGCCUGGGUAUGAUCAAGCUGACAAAACGCAUCUCCCCACGCACAAUACAGCUGUUCGGCUUCCUGGUCUUAACAGCCAUCCUGAUUGGCAUCGGCAUCAGUUUCGAAACAGUGAGCCGUCACGCGUCCGUCCCACUUAUCGCCUUCCUAUACGUCCUCAGCCAGAUAUUCUUCGAGAUUGGCCCAAAUUUCACCACCUUCAUGAUCCCCGCUGAGCUUUUCCCCUCCCGCUUCCGCUGCGCUGCACACGGCAUCUCCGCCGCAGCGGGCAAGAUUGCGUCUGUGGUCGUGCAGGCGUUCGUUGCAUACUCACCCAUUGGGCCGUACCGAUCUUCGGAUCCCGGUGCAGAAUGGCUGGGGUAUGUGAUUGUUAUAUUCGCGGCGUUUAUGUUACUUGGGGCUGCGGUUACAAAGUGGCUGAUUCCGGAGACGCGGGAGACGGACGGAUCAAAUAAGCCGUUGGAACAAUUGGAGGAUGUGGCGAAGGUAAAAAGGCCGAUUCGGUUUUCGUGUGUGUCCGCGAGGAAGGGUGUUGGUGUUCCGGCCGAUCAGUUGGGGGGGUAA